AUGGCCAUCGGUAUACUCAUAGUUUGCUUUACUUCACCAAAACCACAAAUAUCUCAGACUCAAGAUUGGUUUGGUGUCGAAGAUCGUAAGAUACCGAUUGCAUUAGGUGACUUCAAUAAUGACAAUCAAUUGGAUAUCAUCAUCGCUCAACGCGAGAAUAAAACAAUACGUAUUUUCUUGGGAUACGGAAACGGAGCAUUUCCCACGAAACCAACGAUAUCGAUAACAUCUUCUUCUCUUUCAUACUCCAUUGCAGUUGGCGAUUUUAAUAACGAUAGUUGGUUGGAUUUUGCCGUUGCUAAUUAUAAUGACAAUAAUAUAGGCAUUUUUCUUGGCUAUGGUAACGGAAGUUUCGCAAAUGAAAAUACACACUCAACGGGCUCUUCUCGUCCACUGUCGCUCUGGAUUUAUGAUUUAAACAAUGACAAAAAAUUAGAUAUUGUUGUUGUUAACAAUGGUACGAACACUAUAGGUAUACUUUUGGGAACUGGUAAUGGAGAUUUUACUAAGCAAAUGACAUUUUCAACUGGCUUUGAUUCUCUUCCUCGUGCGGUCGUCGUUGGUGAUUUCAACGGUGAUACUCGACCAGAUAUCGCCGUCGCCAACUUUGGCACUAACACUAUUGGAGUUUUUCUUGGAUAUGGCAAUGCGAAUUUUUCAAAUCAAAUAGUAUCUCUAACAGUUGGUCAUCCUGUCUCGUUGGCCUUUGGUGAUUUGAACGACGACACUCGAUUGGAUAUCGUUGUAGCCAACUAUGAUAGUAAUAUACAAAUUCUUCUUGGAAAUGGCAACGGAGCAUUCACAAGCGAAGCUACCUACACAACAGACUUCGGUUCUCAUCCUAGUUCAGUAGUUAUGUGCGACUUCAACAAAGACGGUCGACUCGACAUUAUAGUCACCAACACUGGCACUAACAAUCUAGGUCUCUUUCUCGGUCGUGAAGAUGGAAACUUCAAAAACCAACGGAUAUAUCCUAUAAAUAACGGAGCUCUACAAAGAGUCGACACUGGAGAUUUGAACAAUGAUACUUGGAUAGAUGUCGUUGUUGCUAUUGAUAGUUCUUAUAAUGUGGGUGUCUUUCUUGGAGGUCCAGAUAAAAACCUUUUCAAUAUAAAGACAUAUUCAACUGGUGGUCUAUCUAAUCCGUAUUCAGUUGCUGUGGGCGAUUUUAACAAUGACACGCGACUAGAUGUCGUCGUAGUAAAUUAUGGCAAAGAUGAAAUAGGUGUGUUUCUUGGACAAGGAAACGGCAAUUUCGAUGCAAGAAAGACAUAUUCAACAGGGUCAUAUUCUAGGCCAGGAUCAAUCGCCAUCGGUGACUUUAACAGCGAUAAUCGACUUGAUGCCGUCGUGGUCAAUUUUGGCACUAACGAACUCGGAAUUUUUCUUGGAGAUGGCGAUGGAAGUUUUACAGAUCAAAAAACAUAUUCUACUGGAUGGAAUUCUCAGCCUAAGUCGGUAGCCGUUGGUGAUCUUAACAGCGACAAUCAGUUUGACAUUGUCGUCGCUAAUGUUGGCACUGACAACCUAGGAAUUUUUUUUGGAUAUGGGGAUGGAAGUUUUACAGAUCAAAAAACAUAUUCAACAGGUCUGAGUUCUCAACCAACUUCGAUUGUCAUGGGUGAUUUGAAUAAUGACACUCAUCUGGACAUCGCUGUCGCUAAUUCUGGUUCUAAUACCUUAGGUAUUUUUCUUGGGCAUGACAAUGGAAGCUUUUCUGAUCAAAUUGAAUAUCCAACAGGAUCGAGCUCAACGCCGAAUGCGAUCUCUAUUGGUGACUUUAACGGCGAUAAUCGACUCGAUGUCGUCGUCGUGAAUUCUGGCACUAACAAUCUAGGUAUCUUUCUUGGAAAUACAGACGGGUCUUUUUCUAAUCAAACUGAAUAUCCAACCGGAGAGAGACCCAGGCCGAAUUCAAUUACUGUUGGUGAUUUGAAUAAUGAUACCAAAUUAGAUCUUAUCGUAGCUAAUUACAACGAUAAUAAUAUAGGGGUGUUACUUGGAAAAGGUGAUGGAAGCUUUUCAACUCAAACAUCGUAUUCCACUGGAUGGGAUUCUUUUCCAAUUUCAGUCGCUCUUGGUGACUUCAACAGCGACAAUCGAUUAGAUAUAGUAGUUGUACUCUAUUUUUAUUUCUCUAUAGGUAUCUUUAUUGGAUACUAUGAUUGGCCUUUUACAGCUCCUGUAAUGUAUUCAAGUGGUUCACUUUUGACACCGUUCGCACUUGCUGUAGCAGAUUUUGACAAUGACAAUCAGUUGGAUCUUGUUGCCACUGAUUAUAAUGACGGUAGUUUAGUAAUUUACCAAAACUUUGUCAAUGGAACUUUUCCAAAUUCUAAAUUAUAUUCAACUGGUUACAUCACUGGUUUGUAUUCUAUUGCAGUAGGCGACUUCAAUAAUGAUCUUCAAGUCGAUGCCGUGGUUGUUAAUUAUGAUAGUGACAAUAUUAUCUUUUUUCUCGGAUACGGCAAUGGAAGUUUUGGGAGCGUUAUAUCAUACACAACUGGACUGGAAUCUGGUCCUUGUUCAGUUGUAGUUGGUGAUUUCAAUAAUGAUAACCGAUUGGAUAUUGUUAAUGCCAAUAAUCGUGAUAACAGCAUAGUUUUAUUUCUUCAUUAUGGCUUCGGAGCAUCUACAAAUAAAAAAAUAUAUUCAACUGCUUCUGAUAAACCGUUACGCUCGUCUGCAUAUGGAGAUUUCAAUAAAGACAGUCUAUUGGAUAUGGUUAUAGCUAAUUACGAGAGCUUCACUAUAACUGUGCUUCUUGGCGAUGGCAAUGGUGGUUUCUCGAAUCAAACUACAUACUCUACCGGAUUUGGAUCUUAUCCGUUCUCCGUUGCAGUUGGCGAUUUCAAUAGCGAUGGAUGGAUAGACAUCGUUGUAGCCAAUACGUUGACUUUCAAUAUAGGUAUAUUUCUUGGAACUAGUAAUGGAAGUUUUUCCGAACAAACUAUAUACCCAACGGGACCAGAUUCUAAGCCAACAACGGUUGUUGUUGGAGAUUUUAAUAAUGACAGCCGAUUGGACAUCGUUGUAACCAAUUAUGGCGGUUACAGUAUAGGUGUCUUUCUUGGCAAUGGUGACGGGACCUUUUCAAAUCAAACAGAAUACUCAACUGGCUAUUAUUCAUGGCCAUGGGGAAUCACGAUUGGUGAUUUCAACAACGAUGAUCGAUUGGAUGUUGUUGUCAGUAAUCAGUAUGGUUACAGUAUUGGUGUAUUUCUUGGAAAUAGGAAUGGGAGUUUUUCAAAUCAAAUCGAAUAUCCAACUGGAGAAAACUCUCUCCCUAUUGGAAUUGCAGUUGGUGACUUUAAUAAUGACAAUCGAAUGGACAUUGUUGUGGCCAAUUAUGGUAGUGACAAUGUAGGUGUAUUUUUUGGUACUGGCAAUGGAAUGUUUUUGACUCAAGUCACGUAUUCAACUGGUUAUGUAUCUGGUCCAUAUUGGGUCACCGUUGGUGAUUUUAAUAAAGAUGAUCAAUUGGAUAUUGCUGUUACUCUUUCUCUUUCUGACAAAUUAGCGAUUUGCUUCGGAGAUCGAAAUGGAACAUUUAGUAGUCCAACAACAUUUGGAACUGGUACUUCAACUUAUCCGUGGCAUUUGAUAGCUGCUGAUUUUAAUCAUGAUAACUGGCUUGACGUAGCCAUCGUCUUCGGAAAUGUUGGUGGUGUCAUUGUACUAUUGGGGAACAGAAAUUUAAUAUUUCUAGUACCUAUAAAAUAUUCAACUGGUCGAAAUUCUGCUCCACAAACUAUUGUCGCUGGAGAUUUUAAUAAUGAUAAACAUUUAGAUAUAGUUGUGACAAAUAGUAAGAGUAGUAAUAUUGGUUUAUUUCUCGGAUAUGGUGAUGGACUCUUUUCAAAGCAGCUAACAUACUCCACUGGCACUGAUUCACAGCCAUGGUCAGCUGCUGUUGGUGAUCUUAACAAUGACACUCGACUUGAUAUUGUCGUAACAAAUCGUAAUAGUGACAGUAUAGGAGUUUUUCUUGGACUUGGAAAUGGAUCGUUUAGCAAUGUCACAAUUUAUUCAACCGGUUUGCUUUCUGAUCCAAUAUCCAUUGUUAUUCUAGACUUUAACAGGGACAACAAACUAGACAUUGCUGUUGCCAAUAGUGGUGCCAACAGUAUUAGCAUAUAUCAAGGAUAUGGUGAUGGAGUCUUUUUAAGCCCAAUGACAUACUUAACUGGUUAUAAUUCUCGUCCAGUUUGGAUCGUCAUUGGUGAUUUCAAUAAGGACGACUGGAUGGAUAUUGCUAUAGCCAGUUUAGAUACAAAAAACAUAAAAGUUCUUUUGAAAUCAUGUUAA